CCAGACAACCCCGGAAGUGCAAAAACAUAGGAAAUGAUCGCUUGCAACAUUAUGCUAUUUCAGGAAAGAUAGAAUUUAACAAUUCAGUGCGAAUAACAUUCUGAAGGAAACAAUCAAGACUCACCACAUUGUUAAUCGGUUUCGAUGAAUGACGGAUCUUGAGUUCGAGGGAAACGCAACAUUCUUCAGUGUUUGCAGAUAUCACCAUGCUUUGUAGUAUUUAGGCUAUUUAUUUAAUCUAUAGGGAUACGAAGAUAUGGUGAUGUAUGUGUAAUUGAAUUGAAUUUGAGAAGAGAUAUAAAGGUAAAAUAACGCUUACAUUUGCAGAUUUUUCGAGACCUCUCGGAAAUACUACCUUCUGUAAUCAUUUCUGGUAACAAGCAAGUUGGUGUUUUUGCACUUUCCGUCAUUUCGAAUGAACUACUGAAUUUACUUUUGUAAGAAAUAGGGCACUGAAAGUGUCACCGACAUUGGUCUUUAAAGAUCUGUUCAUGUUCAGAUCCGAUAAAUCUCAACCUUGUUCAUAAAACGGCACAGAAAAGAACACAAGCAUGAGUUUCUUCAGUUUUGGCCAAAGUGCAGAAAUUGAUGUAGUUCUGACUGAUGCUGAGACGAGAAAGAAGGCUGAACAUAAGACUGAAGAUGGGAAGAAGGACAAAUAUUUCCUAUUUUAUGACGGGGAGACUGUGUCUGGAAAGAUCAACGUUACACUGAAGAACCCUGGGAAAAGACUGGAACAUCAAGGGAUCAAAAUCGAAUUUGUAGGUCAGAUUGAGCUGUACUACGACAGAGGAAACCAUCAUGAGUUUGUCUCCCUGGUGAAAGAUCUGGCAAGGCCUGGGGAGCUUACUCAGUCACAGACCUUCGAUUUUGAGUUCACCCAUGUUGAGAAGCCCUAUGAGACCUACACAGGCCAGAAUGUGAAGCUGCGGUAUUUUCUGCGUGCUACGGUGAGCAGGAGACUGAAUGACAUCAGUAAAGAGAUGGAUAUCGUGGUGCACACACUCAGCACUUACCCAGAGCUCAACUCAUCAAUAAAAAUGGAAGUUGGGAUUGAAGACUGUCUCCACAUUGAGUUUGAGUACAACAAAUCUAAGUACCACCUGAAAGACGUAAUUGUGGGUAAGAUCUACUUCCUGCUGGUGCGGAUUAAGAUAAAGCACAUGGAGAUUGACAUCAUCAAACGGGAGACAACUGGUACCGGUCCUAGUGUAUACCAUGAAAAUGACACCAUCGCCAAAUAUGAGAUCAUGGAUGGGGCUCCUGUCCGAGGAGAGUCAAUUCCAAUCCGGUUGUUUCUGGCUGGCUAUGAGAUGACUCCCACCAUGCGAGACAUUAAUAAGAAGUUCUCUGUGCGUUACUACCUUAACUUGGUGCUGAUUGAUGAGGAGGAGAGACGCUACUUCAAACAGCAGGAAAUCACACUGUGGAGGAAAGGGGAUGUGGUGAGGAAGAGCAUGUCGAGCCAGGCCACCAUCGGAGCCCAGCGGUUCGAGGGCUCAGCCAGUUCAGAGAGCGCUCUGGAGAAGGCGGCGAGGGAGGACAGCGGCUAAAGCUCAUUCUCCUCACAGAAGGAAAAGUAGUGGGGGGCACCUGUCAGCUCACAUGAUCACUGAUAAAGUAGCCCUGUUUAUUAGGGCUGCUGAAUAAAGGGAUAAAGGAAGGAUUAAGGGAAGACUGUAGGUAAACACCUGAACAAUGAAAAAGAAGCCUGCAUGAGGCAUUACAGGGGCCUAAAAUUCCGCUGCAGGUCAACUCCCUCAACACACAUAUCCAGUGAAAGCAAAGCCGGCCACUUGUUUAGAUCUCCCCCUGUGCGUGAUACUCUAAAAUGUAAUAUUAUACUCUGUCUUCUUCAAAUGAUCAACUUUCUUCGUCAAAGUAUAUUUCUAGCUUUAGCUUUAUAUAUGAAUGGAUUCUAACUCCGUAUACAAACCUCUUGUCAUAGGGAGUUGAAGACCUGACUAACAGCGAUGCAUUUUGAAAACAUUCCAUACCCAGUCAAAUGUAUUCCUGACAGUUUGAUGUGGUCUGUCAUAAUGAAAUCUGAAAUGUUAACUUUGCACUGAUUAUAUGUAUCCAUUGCUCCUCCACAUACACAUGCUCUCAGUCCUUGUGUAAUGAUUGCACAGUGAGAUCAUUGGAAGGUUUCUAUUGCAUUGUAAGGGUUGUCUAAUUUCUUUGAGUGAGAGGGCUUGAUAAAUUAUUACUUACCCAUUAAUUUGUAAAUCCUUCAAAUAAGAGCCAUUGAAUCUCUCACCCUCUUAUGCCGUUAACCGUCAUACAGUGAAUAGCAUUCAGACGGUGCCACAAUGUGACUAUUACAUUCACAUGCUUUACCUAAGCAUUCCAAUAGUGUUAGGCAGGGAUUUUAAGUGCUUGUAUUUGAGGUCUGAUAGUAAGGAGUCUUCUGUAUCUUCCAUGUUAGAGACUUGAAAUGUUGUGCCUAUGUGUAUCAAUCUAGCAAAUGAAAUUCUGUUGCCUCAAUAUGUUUAACACAUCUUUUAGCCUGAGGUUUUCCUGUAUUUUUUGUGCUCUGCAAAUUGCUAAUCAAUAGCCCCUUUCCCCAAAACUGAAAUUCAUUUGCCAAAUGCCUUGUUAUCCACAGACACGUUUUGGUAUAUAAAUAAGUUCAUGUGUGCACCUGUUAAAUAUUUGACUGAU